AUGGUCAAAGACAAUAUUAUGCGGAACAUCUAUAAAACGAAGUCGAUUUAUGAAGAAUUCCAACAUAUUGGAAUCAGUCAGGAUUUGACCAUUGACCAAAGAACAGAGCACAAAGCUCUUGUUAAUGAGGCAAAAACAAAGGAAGCAGCUUCUGAUGAGAGUUUUUUGUUCAGAGUCGUAGGUCCAGUAGGAAGUGGGAAGGUUAUAAAAUUUGUUCCAGAAAAAAAAUUAAUAAAUUGUCAAAGUAAAAAUUUGAACGAGGUUGACUUAAAAAGGUUAAAUGAUAAAGUAGAGUUGAAAGUUUCAGUUGGAUUACAAAAUAUUAGGUCAAUUGUUUCUAAAUUUGAUAUGGUUCAUGGAUGA